UCGUGUUUUGCGCACGUGGGAACAACAUGGCGAUUCCUUAACAUUUUAUACAGCGAUUCGUGAACACGUUCAGAUCGAGUUUACACACAUUUAUAUCAAACCGGAACUUCAUUAUAGAUUCCAGAGUAAACCAGGAGUGAACAGGAGGAACCAUCAUGCAACACGACGAUGUUAUUUGGGAUCUGAUCGGAAAUAAACAGUUCUGUUCGUAUAAAGUGAAAACCAAAACAAGUAAUUUCUGCCGGAACGAGUACAGCAUCACUGGUCUCUGUAGCCGCCAGUCAUGUCCUCUUGCCAACAGUCAGUACGCCACUAUCCGAGAGGAAAAAGGUCGGUGUUACCUCUACAUGAAGGUGAUCGAGAGAGCGGCAUUUCCAGCACGCAUGUGGGAGAAGGUCAAGCUGGAUCAGAACUAUGAGAAGGCCCUACAGGAGAUCGACGAGAAUCUCAUCUACUGGCCUCGUUUCAUCCGACACAAGUGCAAACAACGUUUUACCAAAAUCACACAGUACCUCAUUCGCAUCCGCAAACUCACGCUGAAGAGACAGAGGAAACUGGUUCCGCUGAGCAGGAAAGUAGAGCGGAGAGAAAAAAGACGAGAGGAAAAAGCCCUGGUGGCUGCGCAGGUGGAUAACGCCAUCGAGAAAGAGCUGCUGGAGAGGUUGAAGCAGGGAACGUACGGAGACAUUUACAACUUCCCCAUCCACGCCUUCGACAAAGCCAUGGAGAAACAGGACGCAGAGAGUGAGACGGAGGAAGAGGAGGAAGAGGAUGAAGAAGAAGAGGAGGAUGAGGAAGCAGGAAAAAGAGAAUUCGUGGCCGAAGACGAGUUCGAAGAAAGUGACAUCAGUGAUUUUGAGGAUAUGAACAACUUGAAGGCCAGCGACGAUGAGGAGGAAGAGGGCUCGAGUGAGGAGGAGGAGGAGUCAGAAGAGGAAAUGGCGGUAGAAGUCGAGGAAGAGAGAGAAUCCAAAGUCAAGUCGAAAGGAAAGACUCCGUUUAAAGGACCGGUGAGGAAGAAACGAGCGUACGUCGAGAUCGAGUACGAACGAGAGACUGAACCGGUGACCAAGAGCAAGGCCUUGUAGAGACUUUUUUAAAAAUAAAUAAUUCCACAGA